AUCAGAUUCUCUCUACAGAGACCUCUACAGCACAGACAUCCAGACAUGGCACCUACAAUCACUUCAGCAAUGACCAACUCUCAGGAACAUCUGACUCUGACACACAAGCUCAGAAAGCCUCAGGUGGAGAAGUUACGCAGAGAGCGAAUCAACAGCAGCAUUGAGCAGCUCAAGUCUCUCCUGGGUCCAGAGUUCCUCAAACAAGAGCCAGACUCCAAGCUGGAGAAAGCAGACAUCCUGGAGAUGACAGUUUGUGUCCUCAGACGACUGCAGAAGCAGAAUCAAGCUGUGCACAAAGCAGCUGUCCAUCAGGGAUUCUCCAGGUGUGUCCAAGAGACGACACACUUUCUGUCCAGACAGCAAGUGAACAUGAAGUCCCAGAGAAGACUGCUGAACCACUUCAACAAGCUGCAGCCUUCCUCUGAUAAGAACCUGAGAGAGGCUGACUUCUCUCCUCUGAGCUCCACAGUCCAGACCAGCAACACCAAAGAGAAGAGUCAAGUCAACAGCGCCCCCUGGAGGCCGUGGUAGACAUCUAAAGACUGGCGUUACUACCAGACAAACUGAGACGACCACUUAGGUCAAAUAUUACUGGACUGAAUUCUGUGAGAUUCAUGACAACAACAUUUAUUUUCCAAAUGAGAAAAGUUGAAAUCUAGUCAUGCAUGUUGCAUGAUUUAAAUCUAAUUGCAUCAGCAAUUGUUAUAAAUCACUGGAUUACUGGACUGAAUUCUGUGAAAUUUGAUGAUGCCAACAUAUUUUUCAAAUAAGAAAAUUGAAAUCUUUACAUGCAUGUUGCAUGAAACGCCUGAUUGCAACUGCAAUUAAUGUAAAACCUAACUGACUUCAUUUAUAGGUUCUAUAUAAUGUGGUCCUACUUAUCGUUUCCUUUUAUAGAUCAUACUGAUCGGUUGUAUUUUGUCCUUUAUCAAUUUUAAAAAUUGAAUGGACUCUUUUCCUGAAUUUCUGGUUAAGAAAAAAACAAAUUUCCUUGAGAAACAAAUGAAUGUGGCUUGAAGCAAGUCUGAAGUACAAAGCUAUUUAUCACUUUUUGGUGGUAUGAGGUCAAAUGAUGAUUACCAGCUAACUUUUUUAUACUCCAAUGGUCCACCGUGUGGACAUGGAGAAACAAUUGGGUUGAACUUUUGAUAGUAAUCUGUACAAAUGGAUCUGUUUUAGGAUCAUAAUUUCAUCCUUUGAUCUAAAAGGUUUUCUGAUGUACCUUAAUCUGUCUGAGAUCUCUGUGAUACUUUUUCUUUCUUCUUUUUUUGUGAAGAUUGAUUGAUUGAUCUGGGUUCUAACCUACUUUUAUCACUUUGUGAUUAUCAUAACAUGAUCUGUUCUAAGGUCAGUGUUUCCUCCUCACUUCUUUUAGAAGUGCAGAUAUCCUUCAUUUCAAAAAUGUUUAAUUUGAGUCUGAUUGAUGAUUUUUGUCGUAGUGAUUGGUGACUUUUGUGAAGACGAUUGUUCCUCUACUCAGUUUGAGUACAGUGUGCCUUGGUGAUGUUGCCAAGUUAAUGUUGUGAUGUGUCAUCACGUGGACAUAUCCCAUGUCCUUCUUUACCAUUGACUUUUGUUCAAUAAACAACAAAAAAAUCUAA